AUGCGUUUUCUUCGACAGUUCCUGUCGCACGCUCGUCAACCGCCUGCAAGACAAUACACCAAGAUGGCCUCAGCAACUGGAGCAACGGCUGGGCUCUCGAUGGCGGCCUACGCCUGCAAUGUUAGCCCACACCAAUCCUCAGACAAGGACCUUAUCCCCGAUGCGAGAGCCCACCACGUCAAAAACAGAAAUGGCGAGACUGUCAAAUUCCAGAAUCCGCACCCCAGUCAUGCUGAUCCGCCGAUUUGGGGUUUGAUGAGCCUGCUCUUGUUCGUCCUCCCUCGCCCACAGAGCGCUGAUAAAGCCCACACUGGCCUGAUGAACUGGCCACAGCCAAAGAUAGGUGAGAAGCUGGUGCCCGUCGUGGAGCCGCACUUCCUACCCACAAGGGACUCGUCUUCCCAACUUCGGGCCACUUGGCUCGGGCACGCAUGCUAUUAUGUUGAGUUUGCGUCAGGCCUGCGGGUGCUUUUCGACCCGGUGUUCCAGGACCACUGCGCACCGAUCAAGUCGCAGAACUACAAGAGGUAUACCGAGCCGCCGUGUAAGAUAUCCGACUUGCCGUUCGUGGAUGCCGUGGUCAUAAGCCACAGCCACUACGACCACCUGUCGUACCCGUCAGUCCGGGAGAUCCAGAGGAACUACCCCAAUGCGCACUUCUUUGUUGGCCUGGGACUGGAGAAGUGGUUCAGGCAGGGCGGGCUGCAGAAUGUGACAGAGAUGGACUGGUGGGACGAGGCAGAUGUCACAUUCACGCCACAAGCCGCGAAGGGGGACUCGGCCAUAGACACCACCACAUCGGCGGCGGCGGCGCAGCCUAUCACGGCCAGGAUAAUCUGUCUGCCUAGCCAGCAUGCCUCUGGCAGGACGGCAUUCGACAAGAACCACACGCUCUGGGCGUCCUGGGCCGUGAGAUCCGGCAGCGAUGCCAAGACAGUCUGGUUCGCAGGAGACACGGGCUAUCGCACCGUCCCCAAGGUGGCCGAGGGCGUCGACGACUACGGCCCGGAAUACCAGCACCUUCCCGUGUGUCCCCAGUUCCGCCAGAUCGGAGAGCGACUCGGCUCCAUAGACCUCGGUCUGAUCCCCAUUGGCGCCUACGAUCCUCGACACGUAUUCUCGCCGGUGCACGCCAACCCGUUUGACGCGGUGGAGAUGUUCCGUGACAGCGGGUGUAAGAGGGCGAUGGCGAUCCACUGGGGCACCUGGGCCCUCACCCCGGAAGAUCCGUUGGAACCGCCGAAGCUGCUUCGGGAGGCGCUGAGACGGCGCAGGAUGGGGGAGACGGGCGUGUUCGAUAUCUGUGAUAUUGGAGAAAGCCGCGAGUUCUGA